AUGGUUCUGGCUUAUGACAAUUGGGAGAGGUUAGUUGAAGCCACGCUAAAGAGAGAGCAGAUUAGGCAACUCUGUCAUCAACUUUCGAGGAGUUCAAGUAAUGUCUCGACAUUAUCAGAUUUCAGUUUGAUGUCUUCAAACCCAGCAGGUUCAUCUCCAUAUCCACAGAAUUUCCCAGCCACACAGCCCACACUUGACUCUAGGGAAUCAAAGUCCGAAAAGAAAGAAAAAUCUGUUGGUAAAGUGGAACCCAAGUUAGUGUUCGUGAAAGGGUGCACUCUUGCAUUUGAACUCCAAGCCUUGUCACGGGCCCCUUCUACAUUUUUGGGUAAGGGAGCAUUUGGGACUGCAUAUAUGGCAGUUCUGAGUAAUGGGGUUAGAGUUGUGGUGAAGAGAUUGAGGGAAUUAAGUGUCGACGAGACAGAGUUCAAGCGGCAGAUGGAGAUCACUGCCAGUGUUAGGCACGAAAAUGUUGUACCUCUCAGAGCUUACUGUACUUUUAAGGAUAACAAGCUCAUGCUAUAUGAUUACUACAGUCAUGGGAGCGUUCACGCAAUGCUUCGCAAAAAAAGAUCCAAGGACCGGAUUCUUCUCGACUGGGAAACUCGGCUACAAAUUGUAAUUGGUGCCGCAACUGGUACUGCUCAUAUCCAUGCACAAUGUGACGGGAAGCUUGUCCAUGGAAAUAUAAAAACCUCAAACAUUUUCCUGAACUCACAACAGUAUGGUUGUGUGUCCGAUCUUGGCUUAGCAACAUUGGUAACUCCGAUUGGACCUCCGGUCAUGCGUACUGCAGGGUACCAAGUCCCAGAAGUCAUAAACACCAGGAAAGUGUCGCAAGCUUCUGAUGUCUACAGCUUUGGGAUUGUGCUUCUUGAACUUCUCACCGGGAAAUCCCCUUCCCGUGCUGGAGUCUUGAACUUGGUCAAAUGGGUUCGUUCAAUUGUUCACAAGGAGUGGACUGCUAAAGUAUUUGAUGAAGAACUGCUGCAUUUUCCUGAUAAAGAGGAAGAGAUGGUAAAUAUGUUGCAAAUCGCGCUGAGUUGUGUGGCUAGGAAGCCAGAGCAGAGACCUAAAAUGCUUGCUGUAGUGACAAUGGUAAAGAAUGUUAGAAGGACCAAUACUGGAAGUUGCUCGCCUUCUUAA